UAGAGAUAAAAACAAAGUUGCUGCUAAAAAAGAUAAUUUAGAUGAAGAAAAUACUAUUAUUGAAACUAUUUCUAUUUAUGAUGUUAGCGAUUAUAUUGCUAAUGCAAUUACUGAUUUAGACAUUUAUUCAAAACUUUUUUUUAUGUUUG